CGUCGAGAAGGCAAAAGCAAAACAGACGCGACGCGGAGUUGCCGAGAACGACCCGUCGACCCCCAUCGGCAGAUUCGCCACCACGGCACCACCAGCACUGACGGCUAUAUAGACGAGACCCUCCUCGAAGCCGACGGCGAUGAAGAAGACAAGUUCCCCGCUCCUCCAACAUCGUAGCCCUCUCCUGAUCCUCCUCUUCCUCACAGCAGUGACAGCAGCAGCCAUGGCGGCCGAGCCGGAGCAGAACGCGGCGGCGCAGGAGGCGGCCGUGCACAUCGUGUACGUGGACCGCCCCGAGGGCGCCGACCCGGAGGAGUUCCACCUCCGCAUCCUCAACCCCGUCCUUGGCAGCGAGCAGAAGGCCAAGGACGCGGUGCUCUACCACUACAGGCACGCCGCCAGCGGGUUCUCAGCGAAGCUAACUCCCCAGCAGGUCGAGGAGCUCAAGAAGCAACCAGGCGUUCUUCAGGUUGUGCCAAGCCAGACAUACCAGCUCCAUGGACCUGGGUCCGGCACUCACCAGGGCACGACGCGGACCUUGGGCCUUAUGUGAAGGUGAAGCUGAAGAAGACUGUGUUUAGUAGUAUGGCAGCUGUGUCUGAUGAACGAAUGUGUAGUACAUGAAUAAGAGAUGUAUCGCCUGUACCUACUUGUACACAGGUUCAGGCCUGUUCUGAAGUGUGUAAUGAUGCGUGCAUGUUUGCUUAAUACAAUGGUAGACAACUAUAUUAUCCAGAUUCAAAAAGCCUUGUAUGAAUCAUCAAGAGCUACCAUACUUU